AUGGCGCCGCGGCGCUGGCUGUCACCGACGGAGUCCCUGGUGGCCCAGGGCUUCCCCGUCCAUCCCCACUUCCCUCGCCGUGCUCCCGGGGAGUUGCUGUGCAGCUUCAACGCCGCGAGGUCGGAUCGCACCCCCCGCACGGUGGGCUCGCAGUCGGGGAACGCGAUGCACGUCAACGUCGCAGGCAUCGUUGCAUUGGACGGCUACCUGAACGCCCGCUACGUUGACACCGUGCUGAUGGACAUCGUGGCGGUCAACGUGCGCCUCGCUGCCAACGAGAUUCGGCGGCGUCGUCACGGCCUCCCAGUCAAGCGCGUGACGUCCAAGACCGCGCACCCGCGCAGCCACGGCGCGUAG